UAGAGAUGAGACUCUCAUAUAUUGGUAAGUCCUAUAUCUCUUAGAGAGAUGAUACAAAUAUAGUAUAAAAGAUGUGGUAAGUGUAGCAUUACUCCGACAAAUUUUUUGACUUUGGGCAGAUUCCAAAAUUAAAAAUAUUCUAAAAGCUAAACUUCCAAGCCACUUAGUAUUACGAUUUAGUGAUUUUCUCAUCACUUGUAAGUAAAAGGUUUUAGAUUCGAUUAUCUCAAAAGACGAAUUUUAACCACAUUAUUACUAGCCUAUUAUGAAGCUAAACUCAUCCCUUAAUGUCAUUUGUUAAAAAAAAAAAAAAAAAAAAAAAAAAAAAAAAGGCUGAACUUUCAAUAGCGGUUGUCUCUCAGUAAAAGGGUAGAGCUAUAGAAUACCCUUCCAAGAGCGGUUGAUCAAAAGCACAAAAUAUAUAAAAACUAAAAAUUAUCAAAAAAACGCGUGGCAAGUCAGCAGACUUGCUUGGGAAGUGCAGGACUUGAUUGGUUGGGAUCAAAUACUACUGGAGUAUUCAGAAGUGAGUUAUAAACUACUUGCAAUCGCACCUUCUUCUCAGUUCAAACUUCACACUCACAAAAACAGAGAGAAAGAAAAGAAACAUAUGGGAAGCAACAGAAAAACAAGAGGAGGAGGGGCAUCAGACCCAGUAGGGUUCAGAUUCUACCCCACUCCGGAGGAACUGGUGAGCCAUUACUUGAAGCUCAAGAAACAGGACAACGAUUUCAAAUCUGAUCACAUUGCUGAAUUCGAUGUCUGCAACUUCGACCCUUGGGAUUUGGCUGCUCGCAUUCCAUCCGACGAUAUGGUGUGGUACAUCUUCAGCCGAAAGGAUUACAAGUACAUCAACAGCACCCGGUCCAACCGAGCCACACCAGGAGGCCACUGGAAAAUCACAGGCAAGGAGCGUGCGAUCAAGGCUCGGCGGUCCAAAUCCGUCAUUGGGAAGAAAAGGACCUUGACAUUCUACCAACGUUGUCAGCCUAAACCCAAAAAAACCGACUGGGUCAUGCACGAGUUCUAUCUCAUUGAUAGUGAGGCCAGCUCUAAUCCUAAGCUGCAUCAGAAUGAUUUUGUUCUCUGCCGCAUGAAGAAAAAUUCCGAUAUGGAGGAUACCUCAAUCGGUGAAGUUGAACUUGGCAGCUGCAGUGUGUCUAAUGUUGAAGAUCAUGCUGCAGCUGUUGUGACUCCAGAGGAUUACAGUUCCUCUACAUUCCUGUCAUCAGGAUACAUAGAGUUGGGAGAUAUUCCUCAUGGCAAUGACAAUAUUGAUGAUUGCAAUGCAAUGCAAUCACCAUUUGGAUAUAAUAAUUAUUCUUAUCCCGAUAAGAAUGAUAUUUCAACCUGUGAUGAAGGUGAACCUCUUGGCUUCACCAUGUCUGAUUUUGAAAAUGAAGUUCCAGAUCAUAUGUCUCAAGAGGUAUGUCCUCCACGAGAAGAAAAUCUGGAAUUGUUCUUUUAUCCACCUCAGCCAGAGGACUACACAUUGGAGCCACUAAUGAACAUGACAGUGGGAAAUGUUUUGCAUGACAAUGAGUUUCGGUCCCCGAUUUGAAGCUACACCAAGUUCUUAAAUAAAAUUAUAGUUAACUAUGAUUGUUAGUCCUAUGAAGAAACAAUGUAAACUCAUUUUGAAUGACUAAAAGCUACCCUAGUGCAGUAAGCAUUGAUGGGAACACUGAAGUAGUGUCAUGUAUGUGUAAAGGACUAUUCUGCAUUGGCUAAAGGAGAAUAGCAAAAGAGGCCUUUUGGUUUAGGCAUGAAAGAGGUAGCUGGCUGCAAUUGAAACAUUCUUUCAAUUUCCCGAAAAUAAUCUCCUCAGGCCAUUAAUCAAGUCCUCCACAGAUCAUUGAUUCGAUCAAGCACUGUAGUUCUCGCCUUAUUGGCAAUGCUAUUGUUUGUUCUGAAGAUGUUGCAUAGCGGUUGGAGUCUCUAUCAGUCAACAUAUUAUCGAUGCUUAAGAUGUGUUUUUGUGUAUUAUUGGAAUAACCAUCAAAAUAUAUGGUUGUAGUUUAAGUCUUAAACCCUUUUAUAAGUAUAUCCUUGUGUAUUGUUUUUAAGAACCUCUUAAAAUUGAAUAGAAUUUUGCAUUUUCUUUUCUUUUUCCAAA